UCCGGGUCUGGUCACAUGACCUUCCAACAUGGCUUUGCCCUGCAGGUCAGUGCUGUAGCAGAGAGAGAGUUUGUUGUUCCAGCAGGUUUAGAUGACAGUUUGAGGAGCCGCAGGUCGUUACAGACAUCAUUACAGAGACACAGAGGAGCUUCUGAUAGAGCAGCUCACCUCCUCAACACCGCCGACAUGAGCAAGGACGGUUUAAUCCUCCCGAAGGACUUCCCCCAGCUCCAGAACGAUACAUUCCUACGAGCAGCACGAGGACAGGAAACUGAACAUGUCCCUGUCUGGUGUAUGAGACAGGCUGGGAGAUACCUACCAGAGUUUCGUGAGACCAGAGCAGCGAAGGACUUCUUUGAGACAUGUCGGUCACCAGAGUCCUGCUGUGAGCUCACGCUGCAGCCUCUGAGACGCUUUCCCUUCGAUGCUGCCAUCAUCUUCUCUGACAUCCUGGUUAUCCCACAGGCCAUGGGUAUGGAUGUCCAGAUGGUGGCAGGUAAAGGUCCCACAUUCCCAGACCCCCUGAAGGAGCCAGAGGACCUGCAGCGUCUGCAGGCCAAAGUGGACGUUGACAAAGAACUGGGCUACGUCUUCAAAGCCAUCACGCUGACUCGACACAAGAUAGAGGGAAAAGUGCCGCUCAUAGGAUUCACCGGAGCUCCGUGGACGCUGAUGUCCUACAUGAUAGAAGGCGGAGGCUCCAAGACAUUCUCUAAAGCGAAGCGUUGGCUGUACAGACACCCGAAGGCCAGCCACAUGCUGCUGAGGAUGCUGACAGAUGUGAUAGUGGAGUAUCUGCUGGGACAGGUGGCAGCUGGAGCUCAGGCUCUGCAGGUGUUUGAGUCCCACGCCGGCAUUCUGGGGCCGGCCGAGUUUAAAGAGUUCUCUCUGCCUUACCUCCGAGACAUCGCUCGCAGCGUCAAGGAUAAACUCAAGGAGGCGGGAAAAGACAUUCCCAUGAUUGUGUUUGCUAAAGAUGCUCACUACGGUCUAGAGGAUCUGUCUCAGUCUCAUUAUGAGGUGGUUGGGCUGGACUGGACCAUUGACCCACGAUCAGCACGGGAGCGCACAGGAGGGAAGGUCAGCCUGCAAGGAAACAUGGACCCUUGUGCUCUCUACGCUCCAAAGGAGCGCAUUUCAGAGAUCGUGAAGAAGAUGCUGGAGGGUUUCGGCACGAGGGGCUACAUCGCCAACCUGGGCCACGGCCUUUACCCCGACAUGGACCCGGAGAACGUGGGUGCCUUCGUCGAAGCCGUGCACCAACACUCGAAACAGAUGGUCAAACAAAUGUAAAGACGGAUGUGUCUGUGUGAGGGAGUGCGUAAGCCAAAAAAGGAUGAUGGGAAAAAUGUACAAUAAUGCAUUAUUUUAUUAAAAUCUAAAACAUUUACAGCUUCACGUCUGUUUUCAGCAGUUAAAUAAUCCAUUCCCAGAGGUUUUCUAGGAGGAAAAAUAAAAAAUAAUACUGUUCUGUGACACACAAAAAGAAAAAUUCUCGUCCAGUGUAUUUUCAGGAUAAACAAGAUGUUGGUUUUCUAAGACAAGAUUUUCUGUUCAUCAUAUAAUAUGUUGAUCUGACCAGGAGUGGAAUAUGUUUCCAUUGUAAAGGGAUGAUUUUUGCUUUUACAUGUACAUUAAAACCACAUUUAAAUUGUAAGGGAUUUGUAUUAAUGUUGGAUCUAUUCAAAAAUGCUCAAAACAGCUUUGACUUUCUUUUAUAUGUCAUUCAAUCAAACUCCCCAUAAUGUCACAUACAAAUACAACUAGAGACGAGCCUUUAUAACCUCUUAAUAGCUGUAAACAGCUUCAGUCAGAGCAUCAGCACAAGUCGCCUCUUUGUCCUUGAAGAAAAACAAUAAAAGGAUCCAAACUGCUGUGAAAACAAAAGCCGGUGAUUUGGCAAAAUAACUUCAACAAGAGAUGCUCUACUGCAGUUCUAAAAUGAAUUUUUAAGGGAAAAUGUCAGCGCACAGCAGUCGAUCAUUUUACCAUCCAACAUCUUAACGGUGAACAAAAUCCCCCGCUGGAUCUCAGCAUGGAAGAGUUUUAUUUUUACUCCUGCAGAUAGAAAAUCUUGUAAGAAAUACAUGUUGUACAAGAUGAUGCCUUAUGCUGUCUUUGUCUUUCACCCUGAAUCUGUUUUUUUUAUUACUUGAUCAACUCGGCUUAGGAAAAGUGUCUUAUGAAGUGAAUCGCAUUGUAGGCAUCCUGAGAGGUUGCAUGUGAUUUGCAACAUAAAACCCAUGAAUGUGUUUAUCUGGCUGGUUUUAUUCUGUCCAGUUAAAUAAAGAUUGAUUUAAUUUUUAAUGAACUUUAUGUUGUUUUGUAUUUCACAUUAAGUUAUUAGAUGUUUUUCCCCCUUGCCUCAGGAUUAUUGUACCUCGGCAUAAAUAAAAAAAAUAAAAAAUGUGAUGGUCAUCAUAUAUUACCUUAA